AACAAAACUAAAACAAAUGUUUGUAUUAUAAUUAAGUCAAUUCAUCAAUUAAUUUGAUACCCGAUUACCAUCCGAUAAGUGGCCACUACUGAUAAGACACACGAUGGCAACCAUGGCAUCGCCAUAUAGGGCACAGUUUAAUACACCCGCCGGUGGAGGAGGAGGCGGUGGUGGCGGCGGAGGAGGAGGAGGAGGUCCGCCAUCACAGUAUCACAAAGGCUAUCGCCAGCCGAUGACCAGUUUCUAUGUAUUUCAACCGCGACCGCCAGUGGCCAAUACAUAUCAGGCUACCGAAUUUGAUGGGAAACGUUUGCGUAAAGCCAUUGCCCGCAAAACAGUCGACUAUAAUUCGUCGGUAAUUAAGAUGUUAGAGUCAAGAGUCUGGCAACGGGACGAACGAGAUUUUCCCGCUAUUAAUCCCGAUGUUGGCUACUAUACAGAGAUGGUACCGCCGUUGAAUAUGUUGGACAAUCCAUCCAAUUGUAUAACUACAAAGUUUGUCCGAACAUCGACCAAUAAGAUGCGUUGUCCAAUAUUUUGUGUCCUCUGGACACCCGAAGGUCGACGACUGGUUACGGGAGCUUCGAGUGGAGAGUUUACUCUAUGGAAUGGAUUGACAUUCAAUUUCGAGACCAUUCUUCAAGCUCACGAUAGCGCCGUACGGGUAAUGGUCUGGAGCCGUAGCGACAAUUGGAUGGUCACUGCCGACCAAACCGGUUAUGUCAAGUACUGGCAAAGCAAUAUGAAUAAUGUGAAGAUGUUUCAGGCGCACAAAGAGCCGAUACGGGCCAUCAGGUUCGCACAUAACACACACACAAUCAAUCAAUCAAAAAAUAGCAGAUAUAUCUGCGCACAGUUACCUUAAAAAAAAAUAUUUUUUAGACUACCGGUUCACCAAAUAAACAAAUAAUAACAUCUCCCUAUCACACAAUCAUCACCGGUGAUGUAUUUUGUUGACUAUUUUUUUUUAAUUUGUUUGUUAAAAUAAUUAUAUAUUUGUU